UAAACAUAAAUAAAAAAAUAUAAUUGUUGCAUCAAUGCGUAUAUACGUAUCAGAUUUUAUUGCAAUUAAUUCAUUAAAAUUGAACGCUAAUAAAAUCCAUAUUUUUUAUUCUACAAAGUAUUCUAUUUAUUUGUUAGACGAAUAAACGAGAUUCUAAUAUAAAACUCGCAUCAAGUUAAAUUUUCAAACCCCCGGUUAAUUGUUACUAACCGUAACUUAGGGAAUAAAAAAUUCCUAUAUCGCAUAGUUAUUUCUAUUUGAAAUAUUCGACAAACCUACAACAAUUUAUGAAAAGAAAAAAAAAACGUUUGCAACUCUGGUUGGCUGUCGCGCCCAAUUAUAGACCAAUCCGAUAUACAGAUUUUAUCGCUUCCAUUGUAAACUGUCAAUGAGCCACUGCCGGUAGUGUAUACGUAUAACCUAAAAAAUGCUACAAGAUUCUAUCGCUUAAUCAGUGAUUGUAAUAGAAAAUAGCGCCGAGAAAAUCAGUCAGCCGUAACAAAAUUCAACGAGUCUAUUGAGAGACGCACCGAUGCCGAAAUACUAUUGCGACUAUUGUGACACUUACUUGACGCAUGAUUCGCCGAGCGUACGCAAGACCCAUUGCCAGGGUCGCAAGCACAAGGAUAACGUGAAGUACUUCUAUCAAAAAUGGAUGGAGGAGCAGGCCCAGCAUCUGAUCGAUGCGACAACGGCCGCCUUUAAAGCCGGUAAGAUCGCCUCCAAUCCAUUCGCGGCUAACAAGGGUGCGGCGAUACCACCGCCGCCGAAUCUCGGCUCCAGCCUUGGCUCACGAUCCGGAGUACCGCCGCAAGGACCUCCGGGAAUGAUGCCACCACCCGGUAUGCAUCCAGCUGGUCCCAUGGGACCGGGAGGCCCGAUGAUGAUGGGACCGCAUGGACCGAUGCCACCUCCUAUGAUGGGUAUGAGGCCACCUAUGAUGGGACCGAUGGGGCCAAUGGGUCCUAUGAUGGGUCCUAUAGGCCCUAUGGGACACAUGAGACCACCGAUGAACGGACCGCCACCUCCUAUGGUAGGCCCACCACCAAUGAAGAAAUAACAGCCAGAGGAUUUUUAUCUCUUAUGUGUUAUGUGUAACACAACAGUGUUGUGGAUACGACUGACUCGAUUGAGCUUUGAUUGCGUGUGGUCACUAGAAUGGUCUUAUGCAGACAAAGAUGUGUGCACACACGUUGUAUAUUUAAGAAUUCUGUACAAACUAAAACUAAUUCUGUGACUACAAAAUUUGGAAACAUUUUGAUGUAUGUUACAAUGACUUGUGUGUUCUCUGCCAAAAGUAAAUGUAACACUAUCGCAGC